AUGACUUCGACAAUGAAAGCAGUCAACUAUGCCGGCCCGAGCAAGGUAAAAGUAUCCGAAGUUGAGAAGCCAAAACUCGAACAUCCAGAUGAUAUCAUCGUAAAAGUUACCACCGCAGCCAUUUGUGGCUCCGAUUUACACAUGUACGAAGGCAGAACUGCUGCAGAGCCCGGCAUAACAUUCGGCCAUGAGAAUAUGGGCAUUAUCGAAGAAUUAGGCGAGGGGGUUACUUUAUUGAAGAAGGGCGAUCGCGUUGUUAUGCCUUUCAACGUCGCUGACGGACGAUGCCGGAAUUGUGAAGAAGGCAAAACGGCUUUCUGUACUGGUGUGAACCCCGGUUUCGCCGGAGGCGCAUAUGGCUACGUUGCUAUGGGCCCAUUCCGCGGUGGCCAAGCACAAUAUCUCAGAGUUCCUUACGCAGAUUUCAAUGCUUUGAAGCUACCGGCGGGAAAGGAACACGAGGCCGAUUUCAUUCUUCUUGCAGAUAUCUUCCCCACAGGCUGGCAUGGAAUUGAAAUUUCUGGCUUCAGAUCAGGAGAGACUGUCGCCGUGUUUGGCGCUGGCCCGGUAGGCAUUAUGGCCGCUUAUUCUGCAGUGCUCCGAGGUGCCAGCCGUGUGUACGUGGUUGAUCGGGUGCCUGAGAGGUUGGAGGCAGCCAAGAAGAUCGACUGUAUACCCGUCGACUUCACCAAAGGCGAUGCUGUCGACCAGAUCAUCAAGCUUAACGACGGAGAAAUGGUCGACCGAUCAAUUGACGCUGUCGGCUACCAAGCCGUUAGUGCUGGAGGUAACACUGAGCAACCAAACGUCGUCCUCGAGAAUAUGAUACGGGUCACCCGCGCGUGUGGCGGCAUCGGCAUACCCGGCCUUUACGUCCCUAGCGACCCCGGCGCCCCUGAUGCGGCCUCAAAGAACGGUAUGAUUAGCCUGAGCUUUGGAAAGCUGUUUGAAAAGGGCCUCACUAUCGGUACAGGCCAAUGCAAUGUCAAGGCCUACAACAGGUAUCUGCGAGACUUGAUCAUCGCUGGAAAGGCGAAACCCAGCUUUGUUGUUUCGCAUGAGAUUAACAUCGAAGACGCCGAGGUGGCAUACGAGAAGUUCGCGAAGAGGAUUGAUGGUUACACCAAGGUGCUCAUUCACCCGAAUGGUGGUUUCUGA